UAACUAUCACUAAACACUAAAAUGACAACAGCGGUGCUUGGCGCUGGCAUCAGCGGACUCUCCGCCGCUUACUAUUUGCUGCGUCGCUUUGGCAAGCCGCUGACCAUAUACGAAGCGUCGCCACGCGUGGGCGGCUGGAUACGCACCGAAUGCCACAAGGAUAAGGGAUUUUAUUUCGAGGGCGGCGCGCAUACAAUACGCCCACAAGGCGUGGCAGGCGCGAAUACGUUGGAGUUAGUGGAGCAGCUAAAGCUCGAGGUUAAGCCCAUAGCCAAGACGCAUGUGGCGGCGCGCAAUCGUUUGCUGUACGCCAAGGGCAAGCUGUGCAUGCUGCCCAAUAGUAUUGGUGGCUUGCUGGGCGUAAAGGAGCCAUUUACCCAGCCGCUGUACAAGGCGCUGCUGCAUGAUCUGCGCGCAGCGGUGACCAAAGUUAAAGAUGCAGAUGAAUCGAUUUACAGCUUUGUGGAGCGACGUUUUGGCAAGGAGCUUGCUGACUAUGCUAUAAGUCCAAUGAUAUGCGGCAUAUGCGCUGGAGAUGCGCGUGAGAUUAGCGUAAGAUUCUUAAUGGAGGAGCUGUUCGAAAAGGAGCAAAAAUAUGGCGGCGUGUUGAAGGGCGUGCUCUAUGCGCGUUUUAAGGCUAAGACAGAUGCGCAGCUGGGCAUGGGCAUCUUUGCAGAGCAGCAGCCGCAGCUUUAUGCUAAGGCAUGUGCUGAAAAGUGGGCAAUGUAUGGACUGGAGGGCGGACUGGAGCAGCUGCCACGUGCUUUGCGUUCCUACUUGGCUGAGCAGCGCAUCAAUGUGCAGCUCAGCAGUCGCGCUCAGUCUUUAAGCUUUGAUAGUGCAGGCGCCAACAUAAGCCUGCGCAAUGCGGAGCAACCAGCUGGUCAUGUGAUCAGCUCGCUGCCGGCGCAUCAGCUGGCGCUGCUUGUGCGCGCGCAGCAUCCAUCGCUAGCAGCUCAACUGUUAGCCAUUCCCUAUGUUGACGUCAUCGUUAUCAAUCUGCAAUACAACAGCGACAAGCUGCUGCAGCUUGAUGGCUUUGGUUUGCUUGUGCCGCCCGUGGAGCAGCUGCCCAUACUGGGCAUCAUUUUCGACAGCUGCUGCUUUGACAUGAGCGGCAACACUGUUUUGACUGUUAUGAUGGGUGGUCGCUGGUUUGCCAAUUGGUUUGCCCAUCAGCCCAGUCAGAAGGAGCUGCGCGACAUUGCGCAACGCUAUGUGGCCAAGAUAUUGAACAUCAGCGAGGAGCCCAAGUUCAGUCGCGUGCACACGCUGCAGAAGUGCAUACCACAGUAUACAGUGGGGCACAAGCGACGUGUGGAGAGCAUUAGAAAUUAUAUAGCCAACUAUAAGCUGCCGUUGAGUGUGUGCGGCGCUGCCUUCGAUGGCGUUGGCAUUAAUGAUGUUAUCUUAUCUGCGCGUAGGCAGGUCGAUCUGCUGCCACCUCAAUCUGCUUAAGUGUCAAUAAUUUGCAGCUAUUUCAUUACUUCAAUAUAUAGAACUGAAACAAAGUCUAACUGAUUUCCCAUUGACUUCUUC